AUGCUAUUAGCAGGGCGUCGGCAACUCUUUGGCUUCGCCCACAUGUCCUAAUAGUAGACUACCUCUUCUUCCUCUCUUGUUUUUCCAUGGCAUCCAAAGACAGUCCAUGCGCGUCUCGUGAUUUUCCUGAAAUUGCCAGAAUCAUCCUGGAAGAGAGAGACAAAGGACCGAAAGACUGGGAGCGUAAUAAGUGGGCAAAGGCCAACAAGCACUUGGUCUGCGCUACAUGUAAGGAGAACAAUGUGGAAUGUAUCCCGCUGGAUUCAAGGAUCUACUGUAAUUCUCUGGUUUGCAAGAAGUCUGACAGACUCUGCAGCAAGUUCAACGAUGAACUAUACGACCGUAUCGCUAAAAGGGUGCCAACCCUGGAGAGGACUGCGUUUGACGAUGUAAUGUCUCCGCAACGAACCACAGAGUAUACUGGGCUCUCUUUUAAGAUUCCAGCUCGACGCCCAUCCAGUACAUCUCCUGCAAAACGCACGCAAAAUUCGACAUCAUCGGACGAGUCUCAGUCUGUUUCCACUAAAACCGGUGACAUACAUCCCAACAGUGGAAUCCAAACGCUCAGUCAAAAAUUCGCAGACAAAAGUCGCGAAAAUGAUGAACUUCAGGUCGAACUCAAGAAGCUAAAAGCAGAUUCAGAAAAGCAGAAAGUGGAAACAGAAGCAGAAAUUCAAAAACUGAAGGCGGACUUGGAUACGACCAAGGCUGCCCUUAUAGCGGCUAAUGAACGAGCGGAACAGGAAGAGAAUCUUCGACGGGAGAUGAUGCAAAAUAUAACGCCACAAGAGCAAAUCGAUGCGCUGAAGAAGGACCUUGAGGAUUCCCGACGGCAGUUGCUAGUAAAGCAGCAGAUCCAGGACCAGCUUAAAAAUAAGAUCCAGUCUCUUCAAAGAGAGUCGUCGCGCACAACUAUCCCCAUAGAGAAACACAGAUCCAAAGUUAAUGGUAUCACACUCUCAUGCAGUCCCAUAUAGUACUUACUGAGCCUUGAUAGCUCUCCGCCGCCAAAUAGAGUCGGAACGCACUGCUCGAAUCCGGCUUGACCUUGGUGAACUGUACCAUACCAAAUCUGAACGGGUGUGCCUCGCCGAAGCUGUGGCUGAUUGC